AUGUCAACUAUCGACGAUAAAUCUUCUGUGGAUGGUGUCCAUGUCGUACCCGUCCAUAAAUCCCAGGGACCCGAUGCUCAUCUAGGUACUAUCCCAGAGACCGAAGAUGCCAAUGCGUUUUUGGCUUCUCAUGCAAUUGGUACAUAUACCGACGAGUCAAAUAAGAAAUUACUUCGUCGAAUCGAUAUGUACCUCAUGCCUAUGAUGUGUAUUUCAUAUUGUAUACAAUAUAUCGAUAAAUCAGCUUUGGCCUAUGCUGCUGUUUUUGGAGUCAAGAAAGAUCUGGGUUUGGUAGGACAGGAAUAUUCUCUGUUGACUUCUUUAUUCUAUAUCGGUUACCUCGUUGCUGAAUACCCUCAAGCUUGGCUGAGUCAACGUUACCACAUUGGUCGAUUCCUGGGUGUGAUCAUGUUCAUCUGGGGUGGUAUCCUCAUGUGUUCAGCUGCUACCCAAAAAUUCGCCGAUAUCGCCGCUGUGAGAUUUUUCCAAGGUGUAUUCGAAUCUGCUCUUACCCCAGCAUAUAUCAUCGUAACCGGAAUGUGGUAUACGAGACGAGAACAGCCAUUCAGAGUAGCGAUCUGGUACUCUAUGAAUGGUCUAGGAAACGCCAUCGGAGCAUUGAUCUCUUAUGGGAUGGGUCUCAUCAGUGGAAAAUUGGAUUCUUGGAGAUACAUCUUUAUCAUUGAGGGUAUCAUGACUAUUAUUUGGAGUUUUGUGGUUUUUGCUAUCUUCCCUUCGUCACCUAUGAGAGUGAGGUGGUUGAACGACGCUCAGAAAGUACAAGCUGUAGAGAGGAUUAGAAGUAAUAGGACAGGUAUCUUGAACAGGGAAUGGAAAUGGGAUCAAGUAAAGGAAGCUUUGGACCCCCGUAUUGAUCCCAGUGGACAUAUUCUAUUCUGGGCAUGUGUAUUGAACGAAGUUAUCAACGGCGGUGUAUCCACCUACAAAGGUCUGGUAAUCAAAUCUAUCGGCUGGACAGAUUUACAAUCUUCUUUGUUCGGUAUAGCCUACGGUGCAGCAGUAACCAUCGAAAUUGCUUCCUGUGGAUAUUGCGCUAUGCGAUUCAAAAAUGCCAGACACUGGUGUAUGAUACUUUGGUUACUACCUUCAGCUAUCGGAAUGAUCCUUCAGAUCACUCUUCCAACUUCGAACAAAGCUGGAAAAACCAUUGGUGUAUUGUUAAUGCCUUCUUUUGUCGGUUCUUUGGCUUUAUGUAUGGGUAUCCCAGGUCAAAAUACAGCUGGAUUCACCAAAAGAAGUGUAGUAGUAGGUAUGGCAUUCAUCGGAUACUGCGUAGGGAAUAUCAUCGGUCCUCUUGCAUGGGUCUCAGGCCAAACUCCAGCUUACAUCUCAGGAUACACGACCUGUUUAGCCUGUAUGGCCGGUCAAGUGGUAUUAUUCUUGUUAUUGAGAAUCUACUACGCUAGACAGAACAAGCUCAGAGAUCAGAUGGUAGCUGCCGGUCAAGCUCCCGAUCCCUCGAUUCCCGAUGGAGGAGAAUUCGAAGAUUUGACUGAUAAACAGGAUUUGAAAUUCCGUUAUACUUUGUAA